AUGAAAUAUCAUCUUGCAAAAAUUUCUGGACAAAUUAAAGUUUGUAACAAAGUAACUGAAGAUGUUGAACUUCAAUUCAAAAGGCUUUUGGAGGAAAACAAAAAAAAUAAGGCAGAAAAAAGAAAAUAUACAACUGAUUGUUAUGAUGUGAAAAGUGAAACACAAGCAGAAGAAGAGGGUGAAGUGCCUAAUCUUGUACAAUCUUCGGCUCCUGCAACAAUGGGAGACAAAGGAAAGAGAAGAGCGAUUGCUGCUACUCCAAUUGGAAGUUAUUUUAAGGAAAGGACUACGACAGGCUCUCAACCAACUUUGAAAAAUGUCUUGGCCAGUAAACAAGUUAAACACAAGGUUAAGUUGGGGCUUGCAAGAUGGAUCAUUGAUGCACGAAUUCCAUUCAAUGCAAUUCAAUCGCCUUACUUUCAACCUGCCUUGGACGGCGUUGCUGCAAUUGGACCUGGUUUCAAGGGACCGUCGUAUGAUGAAAUGAGAGGUCAUUUGCUGGCCGAUCUUAAGAAGGAGUGUCAGUUGCUUGUUGAAGGUUAUAGAAGCUCGUGGAAAAGAACUGGUUGUACACUGAUGUCUGUUGAUGCUUCUGAUAUGAUAAAAACUGCCGAGACCUUGUUUAAAUUGUUUGCUGAGGUUAUUGAGUGGGUUGGGUCUAGUAACAUUGUGCAUGUGGUUACUUAUAAUGCUGCGAAUUAUGUAUCUGCUGGAAAACUCAUUCAUGAAAAGUAUCCAAAUAUUUUUUGGUCUCCUUGUGCUGCUCAUUGCAUUAAUCUUAUCUUGAAAGACAUAGCAAGUCUUCCUCACAUAGCUGACCUUGCCUCUCGUGCUUCAAAAGUGACUGCCUUUGUUUACAAUCAUAUGAUUUUCUUGUCAUGGCUUAGAAAAAGAAAAGAGUGGAAAGAAAUUGUUCGACCAGGAGUAACACGUUUUGCUACUGUUUUCAUUACUUUGAAAAGUAUAUAUGAUCAUAAAGAAGACUUGAAAUUAUUGGUGAUUGACAAAUAUUUCACUUCUCAUAAAUUAUCCAAGAGUGUCAAUGGGAAGAUGGUUAGUUCAAUUAUCUUGGAUAGUAAGUUUUGGGAGGAUUGUUUUACUACUGUUAUGCUUGUUGGUCCUCUAAUUAAGUUAUUGAGACUUGUUGAUGCUGAUGAGAAACCUUCUCUGGGUAUCGUGUAUGAGGGCAUGCAAAGAGCCAAAAUUGCUAUCAAGACAAUGUUUAGAAAUAGGAAAUAUGCAUACACACCUUAUACAAGUAUCUUGAAAAUGCGGUGGGAUAAGCAUUUGAAGCGUGACCUCCAUGCAGCAGCAUACUUUUUGAAUCCAGAUUACUUCUAUAGUGAGGGGUUUGUUGAGAAGGCAAAUAUCUUGAGGUCUUUGCUUAAUUUAUUUGAUAUUGAAACUCUUUGCGAUGACUCGGUUGCCGCAAUGCAAGAGAUGCAGUUGUAUCGAGAUCGAAAAGGAAGUUUUGGAAGGGAAAGUGCAUUGAAAGCAAUUAAGAGACUUGAACCUGGUGAAUGGUGGAGGCUACACGGUGCGAGUGCUCCUAACUUGCAAAAAAUGGCAAUUUGUCUUCUUCAUCAAACAUCUUCAUCAUCCGGCUGUGAGAGGAACUGGAGCCUCUUUGAACAAAUCCAUUCAAAGAAGAGGAACCGAUUAGAGCAUCAAAGGCUAAGUGACAUUGUUUAUGUCACUUAUAAUCUACGCCUUCAAUCUAGAAUGCAUCGCAAGAAGAAGAAUUAUGAUCUAAUUGACAUUCAAAGCAUUGACACAGUAGAUUUUUGGGUAAUGCCGGAUGAAGAUGAUCCUGAAUUUACUCAUGGAGACAUCGAAGGCAUUGAAAAUUUAAUUUAUACGGAUAAUGCUAUGCCUUCAUAUCCUAAAGAUGGAGGAGAUGCGAAACUUGACGUGGAUUUCCCUAAUGUUGCUGAUUCUUCAAAUACAGCUUCUUUUGGUGGUACUUCUGAUGAUGGUGGCUUUGGAUUACCUGUUUAUGAUGGAGAUAUUGGAACAAUUAAUGAUAAUUAUGAUUUUUGA